CGACUGGAAUCACACUACCAAAAUAAAUAUCAGUACACUACAUCGCUGCUGGCGCAUGGCCUGAUGAUAUAAAGGGAUGGAUGAGGAUAGUGAUGGCAACGAUUUACUCAAUAAGGUGUCACGUUUUAUUGACAAAAAUAUUAGAAAUAUAAACAAUGCAAUCAGUUUGUGCGGAGGAAUUGGAUUAUGUUUCAUACUGUACAGCAUAAGAAUACACAAGCGUUUUACAUGUUUUUCUCAAAUUCCUGAUGAGUUCAUUCAGAAGCAUUUUAAACUAAGAGGUCAAGUGAGGUCAGUUCAUGAUGAUCAUCUAUUGGUUGAACACAAACCAAUCAUAUCCAUAAAAAGGUCAACAGUUCCAAAACCUCUGAAGCUUCAUCUAGCUGGUGUUGAGUACACCAGAGAGGGUGCUCAAUUCUUAGAAGAGCAUUCUCUUAAUAAACAAGUUUGGUUUAGGUUAAUCCAGGUGAAAGGUCAGGAUGGAAUUGACUGCAUCAUAUCUCUGAGAAAGUCAAUGUUCAAGAUAUGGAACCUAAAUGAAGAGAUUCUGUUUCAUGGUUAUGGAAAGGUAGUACCAGUCAUCGAUCGCACUGGUAAUAAAUUCACAAUAAAGCUUACACAGAGACUUUUACAAGCUGAGUUGUAUGCAGAAAGAAAGAAAAAAGGAAUGUGGGUACAGCCAUCAAGAAGAGAGAGAUUUACAAAUUGGUUCCAUAAUCAGCCACUGUAUAGAAUCAUCAGUUUUAUAAGAAAAGCAACAUCAAGAAAAGUUUAAUGUUAUCUAAAUUAUUGCCAAGUAAAACAUUAUACUGUAUUUGCUGGGUUAUCUUAAAAAAGUUAUAGGUUGUUUUUAUAAUCUUCCUCAAGUAAAAUUUUGUUGGUAUCAUUUUGUCAACUUAGAAAAGAAAAUAAAAUACAUAAAAGUAUUAACAUAUUCAUAAUUAAUAAUCAUGAUGAAUAAAAGGUGUAGACAUGUUAGUCUGCUAUAAAACA